CCGCUUGUAAUAGGGUCUUGCAGAAUGGAAAAAUGGAAUGUGUACUGGGCAUCCUGUUCCAGUUACUACAGAGAAUAUUUGAUUCUGUUCCAGAGAUUCAUGACCUCUGGGCUAUUUAAGGUUUGAGCUUGAAAUCCAAAGUUUAUGUUGAGCAACAUUCUGUUGAUACUGAUGAUUUUAUCAUUACUGUAACGUACCGUCCGGAGCUGCGGGGCUGGUAUUUGGGAAGGGGCAGCACAGAUGGCCGAUCAAUGUCCCUCGAAUUCCGGGCAUUCGUUAUCUGCGCUUACGAAAUUAGGGAGUUUUAAAAGGGAUGGGAUGAAACUCAGGCUGAGGGAAACAGUAGGAGACCCGACACCGAGGAGGAACAGUCACAGUUUAUAGCCCAAUGGGGCCUGUUGGGGUUCUGGUAUCUGUCCUGUGCUGUAUUGUAGUGGGAGCCCAGGCAUCAGAAGAAAAAACCUGUGGCAAACCCGUGAUUCAAAAUGGAAGAGUUGAUACUUGGUUUUGGGUGGACCGACCUAUAGAUGGAAAUGCUAAUUAUCGAUGUAAUGAAGGUUACAUUCCAGUGAAUAAGGAGCGUAGAUCCGAAUAUGGCACAGCCAAAUGUACAGAAAAUGGGUGGGAUCCUAAGCCAAGGUGUUUGGCGCCGUGCUCUCUCUCCGAGGAAGACAUGGACGCAAACGGCAUCGCAAUGAGCCGCUUUCUGAGGUGGCUUACGUCCCCAAUAAAGCAUGGAGACAACGCUAUAUUUAGCUGUAAAAAGGGAUAUGAAAUAUCUGACUCAAAGAUGUUGUAUUCAAAGUGCAGUGACGGCGUUCUCACUUACCCCAAGUGCACCAAACCAGAUGGCUGUGGGCCCCCACCAGAAGUGUCCCAUGGUGAAACAGUGGAAGAUCCCAACAAGUUCUAUGAACAUGGCGCGGCUGUGACGUAUAAGUGCCAACAGAGUUAUACCCUUGAGGGGAAAAAACAGAUCUCAUGUAGAAAUGGGCAAUGGGACGAUCCCCCAGUCUGCAAAGGCCCCUGCUCUCUUUCUGAGGAGGAGAUGGAAGCAAAUGGUCUCAGAAUAGAUGAUCCUUUGUGGAGAAGUUCCCCGGUGAAGCAUAAAAACAUAGUUUCCUUUAGCUGUGUGCAGACAUAUGACAUAUCUGACUCAAGCCUGCUGAGAGUAAGGUGCAACGAUGGGGUUGUUAUGUACCCCAAGUGCAUCAAACAAGAGAGCUGCGGACCCCCACCAGAAGUGCCACUCGGAGAAACAGUACAAGGUCAACUGGAGUCAUAUGGACACGGCUCGGUAAUGACAUAUCGGUGUCUGCAAUAUUAUACAUUGGAGGGAAAACAAAAUGUUACGUGUAGAAAUGGAACAUGGGAUGAACCACCAGCCUGCAGAGAACCAUGCAAGGUCACCUGUAAAGAAAUGGAGGAAAACAAAAUCAACUGGAUUAGGCUGUUCCCUUUUAAACGACACGUUCCGCAUGGAGACUUCAUGUUAUUUUAUUGCGUAGAAGGAUAUGAUAUAUCUAACAAAACUCUACUUAUGGUACAAUGUCAGCAAGGUAGAAUGGCCAUUCCCAAGUGUACUGAACAAGAUCCUCAUGCGGAAGGAACUCCCCAAUGGUCCGAUUUCUGGCAGAUGUUCAAGCCCCCCAAGUAACGCAAAGACAGGGAAUGCACAGAAGUGAAAGAGCUAAUGGACUUAUAGCCGUCAUUGCAUUUGCUGUUAUACGUUCCUUUCCUCAAUAGGUUUCCCUUCCCUUUUGUAAGCAAUAUAAUCCCAUAAACUGCACUGGUAAUUAUAUACUUCUCCUCCACCUUCUGCCUUAAAUACAUUCUCUAUGGAUAUUGCA